AUAUAUAGGCGGCCACUAAUUUCUCUCUCUCUUAUCUCCUGAAAGAUGAGGUGAAUCCAUUGUGCUUGGAUUUCUUGCGCUCUUUUGGCCCUUCACUUAGAUAUCUCUGGAUAACGAGACAAACCACGUACUCAAUAUCGAUUCCUCAUCAGUCUUACACAAGUCUUCAAUUCGCACCUGAUCACAAGUUGUGUAUUUAUAUAUGAACCACCAAAUAUAUUUCCUUCCUAACUUGCACAUAUUUUUUUUUCCCCUUUUGUGGAUCCGAGCAGUACGUAUUUGUUUUCUUUCUUAAUUCCAUUCUCCAGCUCUAAGUCGGUCCCUUUGCUUUGUCCCUUUGUAUAUACGAGCUAGUAUUAAGGAAACAAUGUACUAUAAACACGAUCAUCACCCUUUUCCUUGUUUGCAUUGCCACCCACAUAGCUACAUUCGCAUGGUUCAGCAUCUUAUAGAAAGGUGUUUGCUUCUUCAUAUGAAUCGGGAUGAAUGCAUAAAGGCCCUUGCAGACCAUGCUAGUGUUCAACCGCUCGUUACGCUUACCGUGUGGAGAGAGCUACUAAAAGAGAAUCAGGACUUCUUUCAAUCUUAUUUCCAUGGCGUUUCUACAAGGCCUUUCAAUCGUAAGUAAGCAGAGCACCUAGCUAGCCAGCUUAUACUUUUCAUACUAUUGGCCUUCUUCCUCUUUAUCCUUUAGAAAGCCCAAGAUGACAUACAGACAUAUAUAGUUUGAAUGCGCACGGUCUAUAUAUUUUACUGAUCAA